CUACUAGUUAAGAGGGGGAGGAGGGGGAGGAGGAGGGCACCCUCCUCUUCGGGAGGGCCCUUGUAACAGCUCCGCCCUCCGAUGAGAGAAAGGAACGACUAGGGAUGCUUGUAGGAACUAAAGUUGCUCGGAACUUACGUAGGCGGAAGGCAGGGGAAGGUUUUUUCGAGCGGACUGUUCUCUUCCGAGCUGCACGGGGCCCGGCGAAUGUGACUCUUGGAGGGGCAAUGCCGGGCGUGGGGCUGCUGUGCCGUUUGGGGUCGAGGCUAUUAUCUAGUGGCCUCAACGGCUCAGUUCACGUGGUGACGCAGGCUGCAGAGACAGGGAUUAGGAGCAGGGGCUUGUGGUGUGUAAUAACCAGGCACAUUACUAACAAUGCUACAUGGUGGGAUGAGCACCUUUCAACAGAGAAUACCAAGUUUCUUAAGAAGUUAACAGCAGAAGAAUACAAAGCUCAAACAGCCAGUAAACUGUGUCCGCUCAAAGAUGAACCCUGGCCUUUACACCAGUGGGAGCCAGGUUCUAAAAGAGUUGGUGUGGUCGCACUAAAGUUGGGAAUGAUGCCGUUAUGGACCAAGACUGGCGAAAAAAUUGCUGUCACCUUACUUCAAGUUCGAGACUGCCAUGUUUUAAAGUACCUAUCAAAGGAAGAGUUUAAUGGAAAAGAUACAGCUCUAAUGGUUGGAGGAAAAAAUGUGUCACCAUUUCAUAAAGGAGAGUCUGUAUUGCAGAUGUACAGAGAAGUUGGCGUCCCUCCAAAGCAGAAAAUAACACUAUGUAGAGUGUCACCUAAUGCUAUCAUUAAGCCAGGUACUCCCUUGUAUGCUGCACACUUUCGCCCUGGACAAUAUGUGGAUUGCACUGCAAAAACAAUUGGCAAAGGCUUUCAGGGAGUCAUGAAAAGAUGGGGAUUUAAAGGCCAGCCUGCCUCCCAUGGCCAGACUAAAACACACAGACGCCUUGGAGCAGUCUCCAAUAGUAAAGUCGCAAGAGUCUUCAAGGGAAAGAAAAUGCCGGGACAGUUGGGUAACCGCUUCAUAACAGUUAAAGGGCUAAAGGUUUGGCGGAUCAGCGUGAAGCACAACAUCAUCUAUAUAAAUGGUGCUGUUCCAGGCCACAAAAGUUGUUUAGUAAAGGUCAGCGAUUCAGCUUUACCAGCUUACCAAAAUGACUCUAAGGACUUGCCAUUCCCCACAUAUUUUGCUGAUGGUGAAGAGCUGCCGGAUGAGUUGUAUGAUGAGAAAAUCUUUCAGUUCACCGAGCCCUCCAUCACAUUCACUUAGUUACUGACAGCCUUGACAAACAUGCCGCCUCCCCAUCAUAAAUGUCAGCAUGGAAGCUCCUAGCAAGAAGUCCUCCAAGAAGUGUCCUCUGACAGCAACAGACUAUCUGCACAACCCUGGACAGCCUGCUCUUCUUGCCAGGCAUUUUUUAAAAAAAUGCAAACUGGUUCUAAAAUUGCAUUUAAAUAUGUAAGCUGGAUAGUAAUCUGAAGAGAAGCUGAUGAACAAUAAAGAAAUCAUGAUGCUGCUGACAGACACUUCAAAAUAAUUAGUUUAAACCUUAAUUUGUUUAAACCGUGAACAAAGUUUAAAUUUUUUUUUCCAAAACUAUCCUGGUCAUUUUCAUAUAUACAAUACUAGAACUAUUUACUUCAAUCAUGUUAUGAAGUUUUAAACUGAUAUAUUCUCUGGGUGUGUUUUUGUUUCUUUCCUUAGCAGAACAUGGAUGAUAAUUAUUUACUUAAUAAACACUUUAUUUUCACUUUG